AUGGGUGACAUCCGAAGCCCCUCUUCCGAAUCCAGGGACACCAAAGUGCUCAACAUCGACCCAUACGCGCUUGUUGAAGCCCUCCUCGGCCAGAGAAUCGAAAAACCAGCCUCGGACAGCCUCAACAUGGGCUACGAUGACUUCGACAUGAAACUUGACUCGGAGAUGUCCUCCGGGGGAGGAGCAGGGAACUUGCGCCCCGACUCGCCACCCAAGGAUAUUCAAGUCGGCGCCAUCAACCCCUACGCCCUUGUCGAGGCUCUCAUCGGCCGCAACAUUGACAGGCAGAACAUGGGCUCGGAGAGGAUUCUCUCCAAUGUCUUGCAGACAGACUAUGACGAGCUCUUUGACAUGAAGCACGGCUCUGUCCUGUUCGCUGGCCUGAAGCUCAACGAGAAGGAGAGAAAGGCCGUGAAGCUGUCCGAGAAGGAAAUGAAGAUCCUUAAUGAACGGGACAUCAUGACUCCUGAUCUCUCAGAGAUACGCAAGGUCGAAGAUCUUGAGAAGGUCGGACUCAAGGACCUCGAGAAGACACCCGUCAAAGCUGCUCGCAUGCAGAAUGGCAAGUUACAUAUGGUUCUUCAGGCCCCGUCCCUUGGCCGAAAGCUCUCCAACCGCGAGGUUUCCAUGUGUGUCAACGAGCUUGUCACCCCCUUCAGGAUGCAGAAGGGCCAGUGGUCGCCGCCAAACGGCUCGUGGCGCGACAUGUAUGACUACUUCUUCCAGCGGGUCAACGAGCGCCUUAUCGGCAACCUCACCAUGUUCGAGAUUGGUGAAAGGAAGAAGACGCUGCACAGCUUCGAUGACCCGACACAGGGCUGCCUUGGAAACAGCUGGCUGAUUGCCGCUCUGUUCUCAGUCUUCUGGUCCGACCCAUUGGUUAUCAACCGCGCUACCCGCGUCCACCAGACCAAGGAGGAGAAGAAGCGCCUCUCCAUCAAGUUCCACGACAAGGGCGGUGACAACAAUGCCCGCACCGAAACUGUUGAGGUCGACUACGAGAUCCCCAUCAACAACUCCAACAACAUGCCGAUGUACUGCAGCGCCAGCGACUGUGCUGACAUCUGGCCAUCGCUGUACGAGAAGGCCUUUGCCAAGUGGGUUACUGGCAGCUCAUCGGAGCACCCGGACAUCACCCAGCUGUACUCUGGUGAUCCUGUUAAGGCCAUGGCCCAGAUCAACGGCCGAGAGCCUCACUACUACGUGACCGAGAACCACGCUGCCAACGACAUGUUGGGCCUGGUGCGAGCCAACUGCAUGAACUUCAAGACCAUCAACCCGAUGACGGCCUGGACCUACGCCACCGGCGGCAACUUCCGUGGCAGCAACAUUGUUGCCAACCAUGCCUACUCCAUUCUCGGUUACACCGUCCUUGGCGACAACCAGUACAUUGUGCUGCGCAACCCAUGGGGUGUUACGGAGCCCAUUGGAUUGACCAGCUACCCUGGACUCCUCGAGCGUGUCGACCCCAACUUGUGGCACCCAGCUGCCCUGCUCGACCACGGCGGCCUUCUUGCCAUUGAGGCUCAGGCCUUCAAGCACUGCUUCGCCUGCCUUGGUGUUACCAAAUAAGUCUCGAAAUGCUGCGGAGAUGGUUUCAGUCCCUUCUUUCUGCGUUGAUAUUUAUCCCGGCAAAUGAUAGGAAGUCACUCCUUCUACAGUACUCGGAACUGAACGCAAGUUUUCCAGGCGCCACAGCUUCAAUCUAUCUGAGGAUGGAUAAGUGGGACCUAUGAUGGGACAUUCCUUAUUGAUCCGGC